AUGCAAGGGCUUGCAAAGGGGAUUAUCAUGGCGCUCGCCGCGUGGGCGACGGGCUCCGCGGCUAGAAACAUCAAUCGCAGCGAGGACGGUGCCGCCGGCGUCUGUCGAAGGGCUACCGCAGGUUGGGUAGACGACGUUCAGACUAAGCUCGUGCCGAAGCUGUCCAAGGAGGCCAACGUCUAUCUCCCUGGCUCAAGCGGCUUCGACGAUGCCACGACUCGCUGGUCCGCCCUCCAGGCUCCCCAGGUGAACGUUGUAGUUGUGCCAAACACCGCGGCUGACGUCGUUGAAACAGUCAAAUUCGCAAACAAGAAGUCGGUUCCUUUCCUCGCCUACAAUGGCGCCCAUGGUGCCCUCACCACCAUGGGCAAGAUGGACACCGGUAUCGAGAUCUACAUGAAGCAGCUCAGCAGCGUCCAAAUCUCCCAGGACGGUAAAUCGGUCAAGAUUGGCGGCGGAACCAACUCCAAGCUCGUCACCGACACCCUCUGGACUGCCAACAAGCAAGCUGUUACUGGAACCUGCGAGUGUGUCAGCUAUCUUGGGCCUGCGCUUGGAGGCGGCCACGGCUGGCUUCAGGGACACCAUGGACUCAUCGCCGACCAGUUCCUGUCUAUGGAUGUCGUCCUUGCAAACGGCAGCCUCGUGACGCUCAACCCCAAUUCUGACCUCUGGUGGGCCAUGAAGGGUGCCGGCCAUAACUUUGGCAUCGUCACCUCUGUCACCAUCAAGAUCUUUGAUAUCCAGUACAGCAACUGGGCCAUCGAGACCCUGACCUAUAGCGGUGACAAGGUCGAGGCCGUUUACCAAGCCGCCAACGACCACUUCCUCACCAACCAGCCCUCCGACGUCAUCAACUGGUCGUACUGGCUCAACAACCCCGGCGCUGAUGCGAACAAGCCUGUCAUCAUCUUCUACAUCAUCCAAGAAGGUGUAUCGGCCGUUGACCCAGCCAUCACGAAGCCAUUCCAUGACAUUGGUGCCAUCAGCAUCGAACCCAGUGCAGGAACCUACAAGGACCUCGCUGGAUGGACCGGCAUCGCUACCGACUCUCCUCCAUGCCAGAAGUCCGGGCUCUCCAACCCUCGCUUCCCCAUCUACCUCGAAACCUACAACGUUCCCGCGAUGAGACAGGCAUACGAUCUCUUUGCUGCCCAGGCCAACAUCGCCACCGAUUUCCACAACUCCAUCUUCAUGUUCGAGGGCUACUCCAACCAGGGCGUGAAGGCGAUUGACCCCAAGACCACCGCCUUCGCCUUCCGUGGUGAUAACUAUCUCGCCGCCCCGCUCAUCAGCUACACGCCCGCCGACUCAGCCCUCGAUCAGAAGGCCGCUAACUUGGGUCUCCAGCUCCGUAACAUCCUCCUCCAGGCCAGUGGCCGCCAGGAGUUGCAUGCGUACGUCAACUACGCCUAUGGUGCCGAGACGCCACAGCAGUGGUACGGCUCUGAGCAGUGGCGCCAGGACAAGCUGAAGGCCUUGAAGCAGAAGUAUGAUCCCAAGGGAAUGUUUAGCUUUUAUGCGCCAAUCGCAUAG